AUGGAGCAUUAUGGAGUAACAGUAGGGUUUAUUGGCCCUAAAAUGAACUGUGACAAUGUUGACAAUGGCUUUCUCAUGCUGAAGAAUGUUCGGGUUCCAAGAGAAAACAUGAUGACCAAAUAUUCUCAGGUUUUGCCAGAUGGUCAGUAUAAGAAACAAGGUGCUGAGAAGAUUACCUACUUGCCUAUGACUUUGACCCGUGUGCACGUAAUUCAGCUUGAAAAUGUCCCGACCCUGAUGAAGACGUGCACCAUUGCUAUCCGAUAUUCUGCAGUGUGCCGACAGUCUGAGUUGAAGCCUGGUGAUCCAGAAGCAAAGAUUCUUGACUAUCAAACUCAGCAGCAGAAGCUUCUGCCUCAGCUGGCAACUGCCUACGCCUUUCACUUUGUUAGCAACUAUCUGAAGGAGAUUUUAGAUGGAGGCUAUACAGAAACUAAAGAAGGGAAGUGUGGCUUGGUUCCAGAGCUUCAUGCACUUAUUUCAGGCCUUAAAGCGAUAGCUACAGACUAUACUAUAUCUGGUGUGGAGGUGUGCCGGAAGGCCUGUGGAGGACAUGGAUACUCUCUUCUCAGCGGUUUACCUUCCCUGUACACUAAAGCGGUUUCAUCUUGUACUUAUGAAGGUGAAAACACUGUUCUCCUUUUGCAGACAGCCAGAUUUCUGAUAAAAUACUUUGGGAUUGCAAAAAAGGCCAGCCUGCCUCCAACAGUUGCCUAUUUAUCUUCCAAACACUUUGGGAAAUGCCAAGCCCAGGAAAAUAAUGAUUUCCUAAAUCCUGAUGUUUACACUGAUGCUUAUCAACAGCGAGCCUUCAGAAUGCUACAAAGUGCAGCAAUCAAAUUCCAGAGUUUGGUUCACUUAGGAACUGCAGAACAUGAAGCCUGGAACAGGUGCUCUGUCCAGCUCAUCUGGGCUGCUAUGGCUCACAGUCACUACAUUGUGGUGGAACAGUUUGUCAAAGCACUGCAAAGGUAUGAAGAGGAGGUUGCAAUACACAGGAUCCUCAAACAUCUCUGUGACCUUUUUGCACUGCAUGGGAUGUUCUUGAAUAUGGGAGAUUUUAUGCAGGACGGCUAUCUUUCCUCAAAGCAAACUGCCAUGGUGACUGACUCCUACUUGGAUCUCCUGUCUGUCAUUAGGGAUGCUGUGCCAUUAGUGGAUGCAUUUGACUUCUCUGAUGGAAAUUUAAAUUCUGCCCUCGGAAGCUAUGACGGCCAUGUCUAUGAGCACCUUUAUGAGUGGGCCAAGAAGCCCCCAACUAAUCAACACCUGAGGCAACAGAACAGAGAUGAAGUCAUUCUGAAUUUGGACAUUGCCAUCAAGAAACCUGGUUAG